AAACAACUGAAUCAUCAAGAGACAGAACAGCAAUGGCUUCUUGUUCUUCCAUCUCCUUCUCAUGCGCACCUUCACUCUUCUCCACCAAACCCAUCAACCAUUCUUCUUCACCAGAGCAGCUCUCCUCUCGAUUCCUCGGAACCCGAAACUUAAAGCUUCGAAUCCGACCCAACAGACUCGGACCCUCCAACGGUUCAAGAACCACUUGCUGGUUCAAGUUCGGCAAGAACGGCGUCGAUGCUGAAAGUGCCGGCAUCUAUGGCAGUCAAACACGUGAUGACUUCGAUAAAGACGACGUUGAACAGUAUUUCAAUUACAUGGGGAUGCUUGCGGUUGAAGGCACCUAUUCAAAGAUGGAAGCUCUUCUUAACCUAAACAUUCAUCCCGUCGAUAUCCUACUGAUGUUAGCAGCCACGGAAGGUGACAAACCAAAGAUCGAGGAGCUGCUUAGAGCUGGUGCUAGCUACUCGGUUAAGGACGCUGAUGGAAGAACUGCUCUCGACAGAGCUAACAGUGAAGAGAUACGUGACUUGAUCCUUGGCUACUCCACUCAGAAGGCUUGAGGAACUGCGCAUAUUAUGUUCCUGAGUUUAUUUUAAAGAAAUGUUGUGCUAGAACAAACUGUCUUUAUGAGUUCCCCGGAUGAGUAGGUUAUAAAAUCCAUCUUCUUCUUCUGCUUCCUUCUUGUCUUUCUCGCCUGUUUCUUGUUUCUUUCUUGGAGGUUCUUCUAUGGGGUUUGGUGUUA